GUUCAAGGUUGUUGCUCGAAAAUCUCGUCCAUCGUCGAUCCGCGAUCGCUCAAAUCUGUUGCCUAUACAGUACCUUGACUACGUCAUCAGUCGAAAAAAGCAAAUCUCCUGAACAAAUCAUGUCGCAACGAGCCUGGACCGAAGAACACGCCAACGAGGCCUUCCGACACAACGUCGAAGGAGGUCUCAAAGGAGCCGCCGUAGCCACCGCCAUCCUCACCCCAGCCUUCUUCCUCUUGCAGAGACGUUCGGCCAACUUUCGAGCCAUCCCCAUCCCCCUGAAAGCUUUCGGUGUGGUCACCGUAGCCGUCCCCUGUAUCUCUAUCGGAGCGGAAAAGGCUGGAGAGAGAUAUGAGAGGGGUAUUCUUGGUGUUAGUCAGCUCGAGGCGACCGAGAGGGAUCGGGAAGAGAAGAGGUGGGAGGGUCUGAGCACGGGGGAGAAGAUCAGGGAUUGGGGGAAGAGGUACCAGUGGAGUAUCGUUGGUGGAAGUUGGUUGGGAACAAUGGCCAUCGCCGGAAUCGUCAUCGGUCGAAGCCCUUACAUGUCCUUCUCUCAGAAGCUCGUUCAAACUCGAGUAGUCGCUCAAGCCUCGACUUUGGGUACACUCAUCGCUUCGGGUAUGCUCGCCGGUAUGGGAUCCCAGGGCGAGAAGCCUAAGAAGGCUGAGGACCACAGUUGGAGGGAUAUCCUCGAGCAAGAGGCCAAGCAAGAGGAAGAGGAUAAGCGAAGGGCCAAGGAGGAGGAAAAGGAGGAAAAGGCCGACGAGAAGAUUCAGAGCAAGAUCACCGGUACCCGAUAAACGGUCCGUGUUCGCGGGUGGGAUCGUCUUUUGUGCUUGCGACGGUCCGAUCAAAGAGAAGAGCAAAAACAAGUCUCGAAUAAAACAUGUAUCCGUAUACUUUAGAUGGAUGAAGAACCGUAUGAAAUAGCCGUAAUCAAGUUUA